AUGAUACUGGUGGCGAUCGUGGCGGAGGUGUUGGAGGAGUACACGGCGUUGCUGGCGAGGGUGGUGGAGCAAGUGUUCCGUUCCGCCCCUGUUCCUCGACAGUUUCGUUUCCUCAUUCUACGUAGUCUUCCCUUUGUUUCUUCAUACCCUAGCAGGACUCAACUACAUCCUCCCCCUAACCCUCACCCCUCUUAUUAG